CAGACAAGACUCUCUUCCAAUCUAUCUAUCACCUGACCCAUUCAAGCUUCUCUCAAUAAGCUUAAAACCAUUCAAGCGAAUCGAGUCGAGUAUUAAGAAGAAACGACUAUUUUUCUGGAAAAACAGGACAUUGAAUAUCGUUAAUAUUUACAGGAGCAGCAUCAAGCCUGCAAUCAAACUUUACGCGAAAAGCUAGCAAAUUUAAAGACUUGGGAAACAUCUCGGACGGAUUUCCAUUAGUAAAUCUUUAGAAAAAUCCUCCACUGGGACUCAUCCAGAGCUUACUGAUGUCUCCAGCGGGGUAUUGGGUGAGUGAAAGUUGGUUGUUUGAAUCAAAAGGGUCUGGAAUUUUAAGAUUUGAAGGUUGAAGAAGAAGGAGCGAGUUGCGAAAUGAGUUGCCAGCAAUGACUCAGUUGUCAUACACAAGUUUUUAUAUUAUAAUGGCGGAUCAAAGGAUGGGGCUGCUACCCAAUUCGAGACUUUGGGAUUCGAUUUUUAAUUUAGUCAAGAAAAUUGGAGAAGUUUAUUAUUUAUUUAUUAAUUUGCUUGAAAUAUAUAAUAAAGUUUCAAUAAUUAAUGUGUGGGACAGUGCCCGUGCUCGACGCCAUUUUUUUCUCUAUUACCCUGUUAUUUCCCACUCGUCAACUUCAAAUGAUUGACCUCGUUUCUCAGAUUUUCUCUUGACUCUUGCUCUUCCAUUUUCAAUUCAAUUAUCAACCAAAGAACAACCCGAUAACAUCCGCACUGAUUAUUAGAUUUUCUUUAUUUCUGGCUUCAUAUAUUGACCAAGAUGAGGCCUAAUUGGGAGCUGAAAAACUGCUGUCACCAUGAACAAGUUGUGUUUCUUGUUACCGUCUCUGUCUGCACUGUCCUUAUACUUGCGCUGUGGAGGACAAUUCUGCUGAGACCCUUCAAGCUUGUGACGGUAUUUCUUCAUGAGGCCAGCCAUGCGAUUGCCUGUAAACUUACAUGUGGUGAAGUGGAAGGAAUCCAGGUUCAUGCUGAUGAAGGUGGAACGACAACAACACGUGGUGGCUUAUAUUGGUGUAUAUUGCCGGCCGGAUAUCUUGGUUCAUCUUUCUGGGGAAUGUUACUGAUACUAGCAUCCACAAAUCUACUAACUGCAAGAAUUGCUGCAGGGUGCUUUAUUCUUAGCUAA